AUGCCGGUCCCAAUACUGAAUUACCUCCAACAUUUCACCGCUGACGAGCAGCGUAGCACACACGACACACGCGUGUUCGUUGUGACCCUUUCUAACGGCGCUACUCUCGAUCCUGUGACGCUCGGAGUUCCGGCCUAUGCGACUGUCAUGGAUGUGGACGCGUUCAUCGAGGAAGUUUGCCGUGGUACUGCACCCGAUCCUCUCGCACGUGCAGCCACGCUUGUCCAGGACCUCCUGGCCCUCACAUUCCCAAUUCUUUGCCACGCUCAUACAGCUAUCGUUAACGCCAAUCAGGGCUUCGAGGCCGCCGAGAGUCUGAUCGAGGCCGCCGUCCGAACUGUGGACGAAUGUCACUUGCAUGAGGAGGCUGAUCUCAAUGCUGCCAUUCUGCUUCGGAAUGAUAUCUUCGCCGCAGCUGCCACGGUGGUUACCGUGUCUGCCAAUAUCAUGAUCAAUGUCCUCGGAGAACUUCGAGACGCUGGCGAAAUCAGCGAGGAGCAGUUCAAUACUGAUGUCCUCACCGUCUCGCUGAAUGGCUUCAAGCUGCGUGUCUUGAGACUUGGUUUCAGGUCUCAUUGGUUCGUCUAG